CACAAUGGAUAAAUGUGGAUUUGGGAUUCAAGGUGCACCCUCCUUUGCAGAAGGCAGUGGCUGGUAGGCCAAGAGUUCAAAGAAUUAGAGGAUGGCUAGAACCUGGAAGGAAAAUAGUAAAGUGUAAGAGAUGCAAGGAGCCUGGGCACAUGGAAAAGACAUGCAAAGUUCCUGAUCCUAAGUAUGUGGCUGUAGAUGAUGAUAUACAUGAAGGUGUACCAGAUCCAUCUACACCGACAACAAAAAGGAAGAAAGAUGAUGAAACAACUGCUACCACGGAUGGUCAUGUAUCAGAUGAUGAAAUUCUUAUCAACCUCAUAAGGAAAAAGGCUAGAACAACUCCGCAAAAGCCCAACACACCAGCCAAGAAGAAGACACCUAUCAAGAGAGCUACAACACAAGAGAAGGCCAAGAAUAAAACUCAUGUGAAGAAAGUUGCAUCACAAGAAAAGGUCAAGAAGAAGACACCCGUAACGAAACAUACCGUGCAAGAGAAGGCGAAGAAAAAGACUCCGAUGAAGAAGAGCAAGAAGAAUGUUCCAUUUGCGUUUGUUUUACCUCCACCUCCACCUCCAACAGUGCAGCCUACGUUUGGUGCAAAAAAGAAGCCUUCUUUACUGGCUUGGUGGCUAAUGGUUGUUCAUUCAAUUGUUCCGCUUGAAAUUCCUUUUGAUACUAGCUAUAUUAACUAUUUUCCAUGGAUCAGUAUUGAAUCGUGCUUCUGAACCUGUUUGUUAAAUCAUUCUUGUGAACCUAUUAUGUGAA